AUGCAGCUUUCGGUUCCAAUUUCGCCUUCCAAAAUCUCUCCGAUUUUCCCUUUCCUCAAUCGCCAUGGCCCUCCUGCGAUUCACCAGCUCGCCGCGCAGAUACAGAGCCACCGCGCCAGUUUCGUGAGCCCCGUCAAAGUCUCCGGCUACUUCUCAUCGAUUAGCCGAGCAAUCGAGGAGGAAGAAGAGUACCGGAAGGCGCGCGCCGCCGUGAAUCGGAAAGGCGUCGAAUUGGAGAGCUACGCCAUCGAGGGGAUCUCCGUCGGUGGCCACGAGACCUGCGUCAUCGUCCCUGAGCUCAAAUGCGUCUUUGAUAUCGGAAGGUGCCCUUCACGCGCUAUCCAGCAGAAGUUCCUUUUCAUCACUCACGCCCAUCUCGAUCACAUCGGAGGACUACCAAUGUAUGUAGCUAGCCGUGGAUUAUACAAUCUUGAGCCACCGAAGAUAUUCGUGCCACCGUCCAUUAAAGACGAUGUGGAGAAGCUCCUUCAGAUUCACAGGACUAUGGGUCAAGUAGAGCUCAACGUUGAGCUGAUACCUCUCGAUGUAGGUGAAACAUAUGAGUUGCGGAAUGACAUUGUUGUUAGACCAUUUGCCACGCACCAUGUCAUACCGAGCCAGGGUUAUGUCAUCUACUCGGUGAGGAACAAGUUGAAGAAGCAGUAUGGUCACCUCAAAGGGAAACAGAUUGAGAAGAUUAAGAAGUCUGGCGUUGAGAUUACAGACAUGAUAUUGUCCCCUGAGAUAGCUUUCACUGGAGAUACAACUGCAGAGUAUAUGCUUGAUCCUCGUAACGCUGAUGCGUUGAGAGCAAAAGUUCUUAUAACGGAGGCAACGUUCUUGGAUGAAAGUUUUAGCAAUGAGCAUGCGCAGUCACUCGGUCACACUCAUAUAUCUCAGAUCAUUGAGAAUGCAAAGUGGAUCCGGAGCAAAACUGUAUUGUUGACGCAUUUCUCAUCUCGUUACCAUGUAGAGGAGAUUCGCGAAGCUGUGCUUAAGCUGCAAGCAAAAGUAUCCGCAAAGGUUAUUCCACUUACAGAAGGUUUCAGGUCAAGAUAUUCUUGA